AUGGCUGUCCCCAUCUUCUGCAACGUCUGCUUCCUCGAGCCCCGCAAGCCCACCCCACAGUUCAGCCUCACAAGCUGCGGCCAUGUCAUCUGUGAGAUCUGCCUCCAGAAAGGCAAAAAAGAUGAAUGUUUGGUCUGUAGAACUCCUUGUCGUACGUUAGUACUUUCAAAACAGACAAGUCCUGAUAUUCAGUCACUGUUCAUGGGAAUAGAUACAUUAUGCAAGAAAUAUUCAAAAGAGAUAACACAGAUUUUAGAAUUUCAAGAAAAACAUCGUAAACAUUUAUUAGCCUACCACAAACAAAAGACGGUAAAGUUGGAAGAAGCUCUCAAGAAAGCAACACAACAAAUGCACCAGAUACAAUGUAUGAAACCUCCUGAAAAAACUACACCACUACCAUUUUCCAAUACAAGUAGAAAUCCACUUUCCAUUCCUUCAAGAAAACAGAAUGCUUGUUCUUCAUGUUCUCAUCAUCCUAGUCAUCCUUCCACUUCUGAGAUAAUGGAUUCAAUGGAGAUUGAUCCUGCACCUUCACCAAUGAGAAAACCUGAGACACCGACCGGUCCAGCAAGAUUGUCAUUAAUAACUCCACCACAAGAUGGACGUAUGGGUAGUGUGUCCUACAGAAGUUCUCAGUCAUCUGGAAUAAUGUCAAGUGAAAAUAGUAGACCAGGAUCUGCAAGAUCCACACCUAUAAGAUUACCACAGAGUUUAAGUUUACUUACACCAUCAUCUGGAUCACAAAGUAGUAGAAGGGGGUCAUGGGCUACUUCUGAUUUCAGAACCCCUCAGCUGUAUCCAUUUACAUCACCUUCCCCACAGCCAUCUGUAACAAGACAUCCAAUCACCAUCUCUGGGCAUCUGCAAAGACAACAUCCAG